UGUGUAAAACACUGGCUGGCCGCAAAGGUGGAAGACAAAGUGAGAGGCAAACCGGAGCAAGACAGUAGAAAAGACACACAGUCACAACAUCCUGGAGAUCUAAGAAUUUUCAACUCUGCACUGAUCUCCUGUUUUUUGAAAGCAUGGAUGCUUUAACAAGGAUUGUGGUGUUGGGAAAAACUGGAAUCGGGAAGAGCAGCAUCGCUAACACCAUAUCUGGAGAGACUGUGUUCGAGGUAGACCAUUCAGCCUUAUCUGGAACAAGUGAAUGUCAAGCAAAAAACAUAUCUGUCAAUGGAAGAAGCAUUAAGUGGAUUGACACUCCUGGGUUCUUUGACACACGGAGGUCUGAGAAGGAGAUGAAGCCUGAGAUAUUGAGGUGCAUCACAGAGUGCGCUCCUGGGCCUCAUGUUUUUCUCAUUGUGCUCAAAGUGGAGAAAUACACAGAGCAUGAGCAGGCUGUCAUAAAUAAACUCCAAGAAUAUUUCUCAGAAGAAGCUUUAAAAUAUUCCAUAGUUCUCUUUACACAUGGUGACCAGCUCGCUGAGGGAGAGAUUAUCGAGCAGUUUGUCCUGCGAAGUAAAGAUCUGAGUGAUAUGGUGAGGAAGUGUGAGUGCCGGUGCCACAUCAUUGAUAAUAAAUACUGGAAGAACAACCAACAGGAUGGAUACAGGAGCAACCAGUUCCAGGUAGAAGAGCUACUCAAGACAAUAGAUAAAAUGAUUGAGGCCAACAAAGGAGGCUACUUUACCAAUGAGAUGCUCCAAGAAGCGAAUAGAAAAGCAGAGGAAGAACAAGAGCAUAUCAGACAAUCAUAUCCAAACAUGUCACUAGAGGAGAUCACACAAAGGGCUAAAACCAGUGUCUUUGAAAAGUUUUGGCUUAAAUUUGCUGGUGGUGCAACAGCAGCAGCACUGUUGGUAGCUUUCCUUGGUAGGUCAAUGAAAUAAUUCACAAGAGCACAAUGGGCCGGGUGCAGAGUUGCCAAAAGUUUGGGCGUGCCAGGUAUUACGUGACUCCUUCUUGUAACUGGCUCCGAAUCAGCCCUUAUCAGCCAACAACUCCAAUACGGCAUGGCUGGAGAGGCAAAAUGUGCACGUUCCUCAGUCCUGCCAAAAACAUUGACACAAAUGAAAAAAACCUUUCUCUCCGUCUUCUUUCAUUACGGCUGUGUCUCCAUCUCACAUUGACAACAGCAGCCAUCUCUGCAACACUUUGCGGUUUGCACCUUCCUUUCAAACUUAUUAAA